AUGGCUUACGGCCUGCCGAGGAAGAACACGGUGAAAAACAUUCUGCGGGGCAGCUUUACAGUACAGCAACCUUGGGAUCUUGCACUGCUGACAGAGAUCUGGUACAAAAAACUAAGCGAAAUCAAAUUUCCUUUCUUGGAAGAAAUUACAUAUGGUGGCCCUAUAUACCUCAGAAAGUCUAAAAUCAGGAGGGACCUUCUGCUUCCUUCUGCAGAAGAUGUCAAAAUGGAAAGGGAUAUUGAAAUGAAGCGCUUAAAUAACCUGAAAUGUCAGGAAAAUGCAGAAAAGGAAAUUCAGCUUGCCCUCAGGGAAAAGCAAGUUGGUUUGAGAAGACCUCUUCCGCCUAAGUGA